GCAGCAUUUCAUUGCAGAGCCGUUUGGCAAUGGCUCCAACAAAAGGAACAGUUUGUCCCACCGGCGUUUUAUUUAGCUAGCCGCAGAAGGUCGUUCGCAGCUUGGCGGUAUUUCACAAUAACUUAAAACCAAAACUAACUUAAAUAAUUUCAAUUCAUAGCAAGUUUGUGGCUCGAAACGUGGGGUAAUGUGAGUAUUGCUUAAAACAAAUAGAGGAACGCGGCCGUAAGUCGCGUUUGGCCCAUGGAUGUUAUGAAACCUUGCUAGCUAUUGCUACGCUAGCAGCUGACAGCUCUAGCUAAAGGCGACAGGAGACGCUGUUGAAGUGACGGUAGUCAACUAGCUAGCCAGCGAAUGCUAGCUAUUCUGAGCAGUCAGAGUUAGCUACUAACGCUACGUGUGAAUUGUUAUACCCGUACUGAAGCAGGGUGUUUGGUCUGGAACAUUGAAGCCCGGUCUAGUUGGACCAGACCCCGGGCUCAGCUCUUCCGUCCCAGGAUCUCCCUUCCUUGAACCGAGUGGCUGGUUUGAUGGCAGCCACGGCCGGUGCCCGGCGGUUACCCAUGGGUGUGCGGACGUUUAGUGACUUUCUACACAUUGCCACUGUGGGCACCCCUCGCUCGUGUCGUGCAGCGGUGCCAAGAGGAUGCCUGCGACAAAACAUCAGACACUUGUCGUCAUGUGGCAUUUUGAUGACAAGAACUCCCAGAGUGCUUUGCCUUCAAGACUGGGACACAAUGACAGCUGUUCCCCAAAGCAGAAACUUCAUCAGUUUCACCAACAAAAGGAAGGAGUACUCCGAGCGUAGGAUACUUGGCUUUUCGAUGCAGGAAAUGUAUGAUGUGGUGGCCAAUGUUGACGACUACAAGCACUUUGUGCCCUGGUGUAAGAAGUCGCAGACCAUCAUGAAAAGAGCAGGCCAUUCCAAAGCCCAACUUGAAGUGGGAUUCCCUCCAGUGGUUGAGAGAUACACAUCUAUGAUCUCUAGUGUUCGGCCUCAUCUAGUCAAAGCCGUGUGUACAGAUGGAAAGCUGUUCAAUCACCUGGAGACAAUAUGGCGCUUUAGUCCUGGCAUUCCUGGUUACCCUCGCACCUGCACGGUAGACUUUUCUAUAUCCUUUGAGUUCCGCUCUUUGCUGCACUCCCAGUUAGCCACCAUGUUCUUCGAUGAGGUUGUAAAGCAGAAUGUCGCUGCGUUUGAGCGGCGAGCCAGUAAGCUCUACGGCCCAGAGACUCGUAUCCCACGAGAGCUGAUGUUUCACGAGGUGCAUCAGACGUGAUCUCGGCAGCUGUACUGCACGUUCUCAUCUGGCCUUAAACCAUAACAACCUUUUUAUUCCCUUUAUCCACACCAACCUGCAUGAUGCUGCUCAGUCGCCCAUCACUUUUGAGUCUCCACCGCUGCUAUAUAUCAUGGCUCCUGUAGAUGUUAGACAUCCAACUCUUGGACUUCCUGCCUCAACAAAUUCUUGCUUAUCUCCUCCUUGUGUAAAGUCUGUCCACUUUCUGUCUACCUCCACUUACGGGAUCCUUUGUUUAGCAAAAGGAACCCACCAUUGCUCUCGUUCUAUGGCAGUUACGAGCUGUAUUUAUGUAAACCAAACAGUAAAUCCUUGCAACAUCAUGUUACUAAUGGCAGAGAGUUGACUUUUAUUUUAAACAAACACCACUGUGACACUGACCAAAACACUUUUAUUUUUUAUUUAAUUUUUUAGAAAAAGGCACAGACUUUCUUUCAACAGGGAUCAAGUCUUAUAGUUGACUGUGAACUCAAGGUUAUGUGCCGCACCGACACGUUAUCAAGUCAAAGUGUGUCUAGUUUUAAAUUAACUUAAGCACCUGGAUAAGCUGCUUUUACUUUAUUAGGAAAGCCUAUUCUUUGCCUUUUUACUUUUACCAUUUACAUUCAUAUCAAAUUGAAGUUUUAAUAUAUUAUUUAUAGUAGGUAACCUGGUGCAAAAUGAUAAUUAGUUUCAUCCUUUUUAAUGUAUUCAUCAGUGGCCAUUUGCAAAUCUUUACCGUUUUAUUUGGGUUCAAAUUAAAUGUGCCAUGUUUGGGAUGUAGAGUGUUUUCACUGUAUGUUGUGACAAUAGCAAAGAAGUGCAACAUUCUGCAUAAGGGGGUAAAAGAUUGUUUCUUCAUUAGUUAGCUGUGCCCUCAAUUCACUUUUGAGGUUUGGGAAAUUUGGUUUGAAUUUGUUGUGCUGUGAGAAUUGUGUUUUUGGACAUUGAGACUUGGCCUGCCAAUUUUAAUAUGAUCUUAUUUUACAGCCCAGCACUAGUAUCAAUUAAGUGAUUAACAGAGGUGAUCUUAACUUUGCACAAACAAGGAGCACCUGACAGGCUAGAGAGUACUGUGAAAUAUCGUACAUGGGAUUAACAAAAAUGUCACAGAUCAUAUAGGAGAACUACAACUUUAUAUUUAAUAAAUAUCUAGUUUUCAGACAAUCACUGAAUGAUCUGCUUUAAAUCAUGGAAUCACAGUUAUAGAAUCCGCUUGAUUACAAGCUGUAAAAGUUCCCCUACUCUACUUUAUGUAUUUUACAGUCCAUAUUCUAAUGGUUAUCAGGAGGAUUUUACUUCUCUGUCAUGUACAGUGUUGGUAUAAAAUAUACUGGUGGGCUGUAGAAUAAAACAUUCUCAAUCAUU